UUAGCACUCAUACUUCCUGUGAAGCUCAAGUAAAUUAUAUUUUUCUCGAGGUCUGUUCUCUUGCAGUUCAACAUGGUGCACAAAUCUCCCCCGCAACUGCUCAUCAUCCUUCUGGGUUUUUCACUUGUUAUCUCGUCUGUUGCUGUCCCAGCAAGCAGAAGCCUCUUGUCAAACGGGGAAGAAUUUUCAAGACUCUCAACCCAGGCAACACCGCUUCAGGGUUUGGUGGAUUUGAGGACUGGGGAAGAGACGACUGAGACGGGAGAAGAUCAGGUGAUAGUGGGAAGGAUGGAUUUGGAGAGUACAGACUAUCCAGGGACAGGAGCUAACAACCGUCACGAUCCAAGAACACCGGGAAGACCUUGAAUGAUCCACAAUUGUUCUUAGCAUCUCUGUAUGGGUUAUCUAUAAGACCUUAAGAAGCUUGUUUAAGAUUUGUUUAUUCUUGAUGCAGACUUUCCGUUAGUGGGUGAAUGUAAUUGUGUUUUAGCAGAGUUAGUCAGGUACUACGAAGAUCUUGAGGUGGCUUUCUGUGAUCUCAAUCUCCCAAAAUGUAAUGAAGUUUUUGGAAUAAGGAGACUUGCUUAUAGGAAGCAACGUCACAUGCCCGAAAAAUCAAGUCUGCCAGUUUCGACUGUUGAAUUUGGUGGGGGAUGGUGAAAUUCAAUGCAUUGCUUAGUUAUCCUGUCCGUCUGUGACUUUUCCAAUAAAAUAUAAAAUAGUAAUUGUGUUGCCAUC